AAUAGAAAUUUACGAGAAAGCAAUAUUACGCAUCGUGCUAAGAAAAAUAAAUUAAUAAUAUAGUUUUCCAAGUGUCGCCGCUGAUGACGACAUCAUCCCGCGACUCGUAGUUCUACUCGAUUUUCUUUUAAAAUAGUUGACAGUAUGGCUGCUGGCAGGAUUAAGAUGGAGCUCACCCAUGUGGUUCAGGGAAGAAGUCGUCUGGGUGUCCUGAAGGGGCUCGGCAGGACGGGCCAGUAUUCUGUGGAAGUACCGGGAUGUUUAUUGUACACACGCUGCGGCACAGUGCCUCACCUCACCCACGACACGCUGUACACCCUUACCCACCUCCCUUCCGUCACCCAGGUCACUCUGUCCACACUAGCAGAGCACCAAGAGGCGUUGGAAGAGUUUAAAAAGGGAUUCAAGAAGUUUGCAGGGCUUCAUGAUACGGUGUUGUACUGCUCACUUCACGACCCUGCUACCCCUUACCCAACAGGUUACGCUACCAGCAAGACUGUGUCGGUGUGGGGAAGCGGUGGGCGGAUAGAGCUGACAAUGGACAAGUUCAUGGCUUUACAAAAGACAGUGCAGCCAGACUGGUACCACAGCAUGGCAGAUGGAGAAACAUGGCAGAACAGCGCUUCUCGUAAAAGGGUUAGAAAGUCAGUGGACCGCACUCUUGCCCAUUUGGAUGAGUGUCUGUUGAUGCACCAUAAAUCACAGGAGUUGGAGGGAGUGGAGGUGUUCGGGGUAGUGGAGGGAGGAGACAUCUUGGAAGAGAGGGUGCGCUCAGCCAGAGAGACAGCCAAAAGGCCUGUGGCAGGAUUCUGUUUGGACGGCUUCCAGAUGGGCUCCAUGGAUCAGGUCCUGAAGACCGAGCUCAUCACUGCUGUGAUCAAGGAACUGCCCGAAGACAAACCCAGGUUGCUGCAGGGUGUGGGCUGGCCUGAUGAGGUUCUGGCAUGUGUGGAUGCUGGAGUCGACCUGUUUGAGAGUUUCAUCCCUUUCCAGGUGACAGAGCGAGGCUGCGCUCUUUGCUUCAGCUUUGACAUCUCUACGGACCCAGAGCGCGCAGUGCUGGCAUUGAACAUAGGGAGUGACUCAGCAGACAACACAGAGAAGAACAGAGAGCUUAACCAUAGAAAAACACAGAUGACAGCCUUUGAGAUGAAUUUAAAAGACAAGAGAUACCAAGAUGACUUUAGGCCCCUGGUGGAUGGGUGUUGCUGUUACUGCUGUAAGAACCACCACAGAGCGUAUCUACAUCACCUGCUGGUGACCAAUGAACUCCUGGCUGGAGUCCUGCUGAUGAUCCACAACACAGCCCACUACCAUGGUUUUUUUGGCUCCCUGAGAGAAGCUCUAGCCAACAAUAAACUAGACCUGCUCAAGAGACAAAUAUUUAUGCAGAGAAGUGGGGAGACAGAAGAGAAAUAAAAUGGGAAAGAGGAAUUAACGUAGGGGGUGGUGUGACGGUUUACUCAUCCCCCAAAGAGUCAGUGGACCAGGUUGGCAUAAGAACUGUUUUGUCCUGUUAAAGCCAGGCAGACGAUGAAUGAAGAUACUACACAGACCAAAAGAGACUAAACUCAUGCCUUGUAAGACCAGUCACAGGUAAAGAAUGAAGAGCAAACUUUUCCCAUGUUUAUGCUUUGCACAUUUGUCCUGUUUCCAUCAAUACCACUCUGUUCAGCUUGUGUAAGUGUCACUCAGGGUUUAGUGACUGAUGAGGGUAAGGAGCUGAAGAAGGUCACAACAAAGGAAAUGCCCAGAAAGGCAAUAAAAAGUGAAGAUUAAAGGUGGUGGAUUGGUGAUGACUGA